CAGCAUAUUUCUAAAAGUUUCUUGGAGAGACUGACUAUUAAUAUUAAUUUAUUAUUUCCGGGUUCGGUAAACUAUAAUACAAUGUCCGCCCCUAUAGUUUUGAUUAUUCAAUGGUGUUCAGAAAACCACGCACAUACACACACACACACACAAAAUAAUAAAAUAAUAAUGAUAAUGCAUCCUAUUUUGUUAAUUACGUGUUCUGCUACUGAAAAAAAAAAAAUCUAUUUACAUGUAAUUUAUGUAACAAUGUGUGGCAACAAUCGAUACUGCUACACUUAAAAUUCAAUAUUCCUAUGUACGAUGAAAACAAUUUUAUUGGUCGAAGUAGAGAAGUAGGUUUUUGAAAUGGAUUCAGAGCGGCCAUCGUUUGAUUUCUCUCCAGUUUCUGAGAAGACAGCAUUUUUACUGACAAAACCUGGGGAGGAUCCCGUAUAUGAGAUACCUGCAUCAAUUAAUCAAUACUUGAGAACUUAUCAGAGAGAAGGCGUUAGCUUCCUUUUGAGUCACUACCAGAACAACAGAGGUGCAAUUUUAGGAGAUGAUAUGGGACUCGGUAAAACAGUUCAGGUCAUUGCAUUUAUAUCUGCAUUGCUUGGGAAAACUGGAACCAAAGAUGAUGCUUUUGUUCUUAAACCAGCUUUUAUCAAAAAAAUGUACGCAAAGGAUAAACCAGUAAAAUCACAUACAUGUCAGCCUUUCCUUAUUAUUGUACCUGGCAAUGUUUUAUAUAACUGGGUUGCUGAACUGGACACUUGGGGCUAUUUUGCUAUUGGUAAAUUCCAUGGAAAAUAUAAAGAAGACUGUUUGACUGGCAUGAAAUAUGAUAGAUUUGAAGUUGUUUUAACAACCUUUGAAACCUUUCGGGAUAACAAGGAUUAUCUUAUUGAAUUCAACUGGGCUGCUGUGAUUGUUGAUGAAGUUCAUAAAAUUAAGGAACUCAAAGCCCAAAUAACUCAGGCAUUGCGGAGCUUCCGUUCUCUGCGUCGAUAUGGCUUGACUGGCACUGCACUGCAAAAUAACAUGAUGGAGCUUUGGUCCAUAAUAGACUGGGCUCAACCAGGUUUCCUUGGAGACCGAACAGAUUUUUAUGAAGAGUAUGUGAAGUUUAUUAUGCAAGGACAAAAGCAUGAUGCUACCAAAAGGGAACUAGCAGAAGCACGACAAGCAAAGCAAAAAUUUCGUGACAUCCGAGACCAAAUUAUGAUUCGAAGAACUAAGAUGAUUAUCAAAGACCAACUUCCUAACAAAGAUGACAACAUAGUAUUUUGUAAAUUAAGCGACUUUCAGAAUAAGUUACAUUCGGCAAUCUCUCAAAAUGAAGACUUCCAGAACAUUCUUCAGGCUUCUGAUCCUUGUAAAUGCGGCAGUGGAAAACCCCAAAAGAAAUGUUGUAAGAAGAAGUUAGGGAAAGGCCGAUCACUUAUUUUUCAAUUUCUACACCUCCUCCUAAAAGUUGCAAACCACCCAGCUUUGUUAUUGUCUCAAAGAAAUUCUACAGAAAGGAAAACAAACCAAUUUCAGAUGAUUCAUGAUAAGAUAUUCCGGACAAAUCAACAAUACCAACAACUAACUAAGGAAUCUUUACUUUCCUUAUCCAACUCAAAAUACUGUGGUAAGAUGAAGGUACUCAAAGAACUACUUGAUACAUUCCAUAAAAACCAUUCCAAAGUUUUGCUCUUUUCAUACAGAACACAGCUGUUAGACAUUUUGGAGGUUUACCUUCAAACUGCUCUUUAUGAGUUCUGUCGUAUUGAUGGUCAAGUAAGCCCCAAGAACCGAUCAACAAUUGUCCAGGAAUUCAACAAUGACCCAAGCAUAUUCAUAUGUCUAAUUUCAACCAAAGCUGGUGGACUUGGUUUAAAUAUAACUGGUGCUAAUGUGGUCAUCAUCUUUGACCCAAACUGGAACCCUAGCCAUGACUUGCAGGCACAAGAUCGGGCUUAUCGGAUUGGACAGCGACGUGAUGUUCAAGUGUUUCGACUGAUAUCAUCUUGCUCUAUUGAAGAGAACAUCUACUUAAGACAGGUUUAUAAACAGCAAUUGGAGAAAGUGGUUAUUGGAACUGAAAAUGCCAAACGUUAUUUCUUUGGCAUUCAAGGGGAUCAACAACGCAAGGGAGAACUGUUUGGUUUGAAAAACAUGUUUUCUUUCUCUGAAAAACAGUCGUCUCUAGUUGAAAAUAUUCUUGAGAGAAAUAAGAAAGUGGAAAAACAACUUGCUGGUCAUAAAGUGACAAAAUAUGUCUCAAUUACAGUAAAGCAGAAAGAAACAGAAGAAUCAAAUGAUGAGUGGAGUGAUGAAGAAGAUUUCAAUAUCGAGGAUAGCAGUAAUGACAGUGAUGAUAAUAGCAACGAUGAUGAAGAAGAAAUGGAAACUGAAAGCUCAUCUGAAGAAGAAUCCCCAGAACUGAUGGCUCGAGGGGAUUCCUUUAAAGAUCUUGGCAACUAUGGUGUGGUACAUAUUCAUAAGAACCGACAGAUAACUGGUGCAAGUCGUGCUGAAGACCACAUGAGUAAGUGUGCCAUGGAAGAAGUUUUACAAGAUCAGAAGAACUCUCAGCAACUGGCCAUGGAGUGUGAACCUUAUGCCCAGCAGUCACCUGACAGUCGAAAGACUAGUAAGAAAAGGAAAAAGAUGACGAAAAUUAAAGAUUACAAUGCUCCUAAAUGUAUUCCAUUUGGUGAAAAUCAAAUGAUUUAUGGAGAAACACCAGUGGCAGUUGUGAGGGACCACUUGUCAAAAAUGGUUGAAACUUUACAAUUUUCAUCACUUGAGGAACUUUGUCAAUCAAUAAUUAAAAUGUCUGCUGAAAAUCGAGCCGAACUAUUACAGCAAUUCUAUACCAAAAUGUAUGGCUCACAAAUAUCUACCGUAUUCCAAAAACUUCCACGAUUUUCGAAGAGUUUAUCAACAGGUUCCAGUCAAGAAGAAAGUGGUCAAAACCAGCAGAAGAAUGAUUCUCGGUUAACGACACAAGACAACGAUCAGGUGGAUGCUGUAAAAAAAUCAUUGAAUUCUAAAACAUGUCGAAAGAAAUUUACUAAGCUCCAUCACACUCAUAGAACGAAAUCAGACUUUGGAAAUCCUUUUGCUUCUCCUACAGCUUCAACAUCGAAAACAAGCGACAGUGCAUGUGGAAAUCGGAAAUACUUGCAUCAUCGGCAUCUUGUUUCAGAUGUAAAAUAUUCUUCCAACACAGGUAAUUCUAAUAGCAGCUUGGACUCAGAGAAUCCAGAAACCAACUUACCAACUGUACCAGUUGAUUCUGAAGCUGUGAUAUUUACCGAAGCGGACGAUAUUUUCUUUUCAGGGUCUAACCCAACCAACACACAUCGAAAACCUCCUCCUAAAUCAAAGUUAAAAUUCAAAAGAUAAACAAACUUCCAUAUUUAACACUC